ACGCGGGGAAGCAUCCGCCGCGGGAAACGUAAGUCGAUCGCGGCCUGGUAGUGUUGGAGCGCAUCGACCGGAAAAACGAUCCAACGGCAGUCCUAACCGGCGAGCGUAACAUACCGUACGCGGGCACACGUGCUGAGGAGGCAACCAACGACGCGCGUAUAGAAUCUCCCGUCACCAUGAGGCCUUGGACCAACAAAUCCGUCGGCCUUGGACUCCUCGGUCUGCUUCUCAUAAUUUUCGGCUCGUGUCUGUACCUUUUCUGGCCAGCGUUGUUCCAUCACAUUCUUCAAAAGGAAGUCCCGUUGACGCCAACGUCGAAGGCGUUUAGUGUCUGGAAUGACACGAGCAGCCUGCCACCCAUGUAUAUGAAAAUUCAUUUCUUUAAUUGGACCAAUCCAGAGGAGCUGACGGUUAGUGGGAAGAAGCCGAUCCUCGAGGAACUUGGUCCUUACGUGUUUCGUGAAAUCCGGCAAAAAGCAAACGUAACUUUCCACCCCGAGAACAAUACUGUCAGCUACUUGCUUCGACGGUGGUGGUUCUUCGAACCGGAGCUGACGAACGGCUCCUUGAGCGAUCCCAUCACGCAAUUAAACACCGUCGCGAUCUCUGCGAAGCACAAAACACGAUACUGGGAUAACGUGCUGCAGAGCACUCUUUCGUUCAUGUUGACGUCUUCGAAAGUACAUACGACGAAAACUGUGAACGAAUUGCUGUUCGCCGGCUACGACGACUCCCUGAUCAAACUAGGAAGAGUGGCGGCGAUGGGGGAGGACAUUCCACCCUUCGACAAGUUUGGUUGGUUUUACAUGAGGAACGGCUCCACGUUAUUCGACGGUCACUUUAAUAUGGACACAGGUGUUCACGAUAUCAGCCAAUUCGGAGUGCUUCGAAAGUGGAACUAUAAGGACACCACCAAAUUUUUCAAGAGUCCGUGCAACGUCGUGGAGGGAAGCGCGGGAGAAUUCUGGCCGCCGUAUCGACAAAAAGACGAGAUCACGCUUUUCAGCGGCGACUUGUGCAGGCCUUUAACGUACGAAUACGCGGAGUCGACUUAUCAUAUGGGCCUGGAGGGCUACCGGUACAUUCUCAGCGAGAAGACUCUUGGAAACAAUACGAGGCGACGAUAUCCUCACGAACAGGCGAAAUACUUUGAGCAAACCACCACCACCGAAGACUUCUUCGAAGCUGAACACUCUGCGGAGGUGACUGACACGCCGGAGGGGGAUCCGGAUGUUGUGAACAUAGGGAACUGCUAUUGCAACGGGAAAUGCACUCCAGUCGGUCUGAUGAAUGUCAGCGCAUGUCGCUACGGUGCACCCGUGUUCGUCAGUUUGCCCCAUUUCAACAGGGCAGACCCGAGUCUCGGGGAGAAGGUCAUAGGAUUAGAGCCCGACGAAGAGAAACACGAUUUCUCGAUCACACUUGAACCGACAACGGGUAUUCCUCUGAAAGUAUCUGCGAGACUGCAGGUGAACGUACUUCUGGAAUCAUCGAAAACUGUGUCGCUGUUUAAGGACGUGCCAACUAUAUAUUUCCCAGUGAUGUGGUUCACGUUGGAGGUCGAAGCCACCGAUCAGUUCGUCAACGACUUGAAGAGUCUACUGUCGGUGUCCGACAUGUGUAUAUACAUCGGCGCUAUUCUGGUCCUCAUAGGAUCUCUGAUAAUCUUCACCGUAGCACUGCUAUACCUGGUGAGCAGGCAGCGUGCCAACUCGGUAGCCGGUGACAAAGAGACGAAACCACGAAUUAUAUCUUCCACCGGGAAUAAAUCCGAACUGAUGUAUCUGGACACGAGUGGCGGCAACGAAGACGGUCACGUGAGGAACGAUCGUAGACUCUAUCCCAGCUCGAUCGAGUGCUUCAACAUGGAUCUACAAGCGAAGCUUCAACGUCGAAAGUAG